CAUAUAUCAGCCUACCAAAUCGCAAAACCCACAGUUUGAUAAUGCAAUUGAAGAACUGAGGAAGAGCGCGAAUAAUCCCUGUAUCUAAAUCACCAGGAGGAACUCGUGAUUUGCACAAAGGGGGAGCAUCAACUGCUAUAUGCAGUCAACCCAGAGCCAUCCAAGUCUGUUGCAGAAGACAUGAACAGAAAUAAAAGCUGGAAGGACAGGAGCCCAGACCAAGUGAAAGCAGGGACAGCAACAGUGAUUGGGGCAGCAGAAGCAGGAUACCAUGGGCAGCGUAAGCAUUUUGAGAGGCCGCGCUGGCAUGCAGAUGCAACAGGCCAAGCUAAAAGAAUAGGCCAUGAGAGGAAGGACAAGGUUGAGCCAAAGAACAAAUUAACUGGAGGGGCAGAAAAACAACGAGGAAAAGUUAGUGCUGCACAAUAUUUCCUGACUGAGAAUGACAUGUGUUCAAUGGAUCAGGCUUCAGCAGCGAGAGCUGGAGGCCAUGGUCCAGGGAAGGAUCCAAAUCCCAAGACAUAUUCAGGUGUGAGAAAUCAAGGCUCAACUUUCUACUUGAACACAGUACUGCAGAUACUCUUCAUGACAGAUGAAUGUAGACAGGCUGUCAUGAGGCUAAAUGAAGCCGAUGGGAAAACUGUUUCAAAGCAACUGAAAAAGCUGUUUGAGAACCUUGAGAGAAAUCAAGUCCCUGACACCAGUGGUAUAAUACAUAGUCUUGGGAUCACUGAUGUGUAUCGGCAAGAAGAUGCAUCAGAAUGCUUUCAGAAAAUAUUAAGUGAAGUCAAUCCUGAUAUAUCAAAGAUCUAUGAAGGAACGAUUGAAGAGACAGUAACUUGCAAGAAGGGACACCAGCUUAAGAACAGCUCUAGCCCAUUUACCCUCAUUCCACUGUCAUUUAACAACCCCUCUUCUGGAAUCAUCAGUGUGGAGGAUGCCUGGACAGACCAUUUCAAAACCACAAAUACAACACUUUACUGCAACGACUGUAAUCGUGACACAUCGGCUAAAUUUGAAUCUAAAAUAAGUGAGUGUCCACAAAUACUAGUCCUGCAUCUGGAUCGGCUUAAUUUUCACUCUGGCCGAAAGAACACCUGCCAAGUGAAGAUUGAACCCACAUGUUCCGUGGAGGGGUGGACUUAUGAACUGUAUGCGAUCGCCAACCACCAUGGCUCUCCCUGGGGCAGCCGUUACAAUGCAUUCAUUAAACCAUAUGGAGACAAAUGCUGGUGGCUUUUUGAUGACUCGCAUGUCAGAAAGAUGGAGGAAUGGAAGGGAGAGCACCUGAAUCGUUCAGAUGCAGCGGAUAUGCUCUUUUACAAAAAAAUCACUUUGGAAGAGGAAAACCGUGGUCAGAAACACCACACUGAGGAGGGAUGGCUAACGUCUUCAUGGCGCUGGGUAAUAUGGAAACAAAAACUUGCAUUUUCACUUGUUCAAGAGGGUGAAGUAAUAAGCCACUUCACUCUCUAG